UGCAGCGCUCUGUGGACUCCUAUUGGCUGCUGACUGAGGAGCCGGUACAUCACAUGACGUAGUCAGAGACACGGACCGGCCCAGCAGAGAGGUUCUGACUCCAUCAGACUGUCUGAUGCUAAAAGUGACUUCCUGCUAAAUGUGUCAGAAACACUGACAGACAGCAACGAGGAAGGAGGAGCGUCGACUUGGUCUGACUGCUACAUGCUGCUGAGCUCAGAUGACCAGGACUCAACAUGGAGGAAUCAUGUCUGCUGUGGCUGCUCGUUGUGACGUCACUGCUGAGCGGCUGCACACACCAAGCCUCUCUGAACAUCAGUCCUAACAGAACUCAGAUGUUUAAAGGAGAGUUUGUCUCUCUGAGGUGUGAGGAGGACGACAGCUCUGAUGGAUGGACGGUGACGAGGAACACGACUGAAGAAACCAGGACUCAGUGUAAAGACUGGGGAGAACCAGCUGGUUCUGUCUGUACCAUCAGCUACAUCAGCACAUGGGACAGUGGAGUUUACUGGUGUGAGUCCACAGGCGGAGCAGCCAGUAGCAGCAUCACCAUCACUGUCACUGGUGGAGCAGUGAUCCUGCAGAGUCCUGUCCACCCUGUGAUGGAGGGAGAUGAUGUCACUCUCACCUGUAAAACACAGACCUCCAACCUCUCAGCUCAUUUCUUUAAAAAUGGCUCCUUCAUCAGGACUGAGCCUACAGGUCACAUGACCAUCCACCAUGUUUCCAGGUCUGAUGAAGGAUUCUACAAGUGUAACACCAUCAGUGAUGGAGAGUCUCCACCCAGCUGGAUCACUGUCACAGAGAAACCUGCUUCAACCUCAUCUCCUCCUCUUGAUGCUUUGAUGUUGACUGUUUCAGUUGUUCUACCCAGUCUGCUGGUUGUUGUGAUUGUUCUGGUUGUGCAGCGUCUACUGGUGAGACGACUCAUCAACAGGAAACCUAAAGCAGCAGCAGAAGAAGGAGGAGGUGAUGACAUCAGUGAUGACAUCAGAGAUGACAUCAGAGAUGACAUCAGAGAUGACAUCACCUACAGUGAUGUUAGAAUAUCACGUCCCCCAGAACAGCCAAUCAGACGAAGCGGAGAGAAUGAUCCAGCUGUGGUUUACUCUGCAGUGAGACCAGCAGAAGACCUCAGUUAUGGGCAAGUCGUCUUCAAAGACAAGAAGACAAACAGGACCAGAGAGAAUGAUCCAGCUGUGGUUUACUCUGCAGUGAGACCAGCAGAAGACCUCAGUUAUGGACAAGUCGUCUUCAAAGACAAGAAGACAAACAGGACCAGAGGCUUGAAGUCGGAGCCAGAGGUCCUCUACUCGUCACUGAGGUAGGAGCUACCAACCAGUGCUGUACUGUGGCUGCCAUGCAAGGUGCUGAACAGCACAUCAGGAGCAGUUUGGACACUUCAACAUGCCAGAGGAAUCGAACCAGCGACCUUCUGAUAACAAGACGCUGGUUCUGCCCCUGAGCCACAGCCGCCCUGUCACACCUCAGCACUGUCACCUGCUUCACUUCCUAUUGGAUUUGUUGUUGAAGCUAAAUGAGACUUUUGCAGCAUGUUUUUAGAGUUUACAAGUGAAAAAAAUAAAUGUAAAGAUUGAGAUGAAUUGUUUAAUUGUUUGUUCCCAACACUUGUUUCAUUCACAUGUCUCUGUUGAACAGAGCCUCCACCUGUUUAGUGUCAUAUCUGACUUGUUAUUUAAACUGUAUUUAUGUUUAUUGGACUGUGUUCUUGUUGUGGCAGCUGUGACUUAUUAUUUCUCUGCAGCAUCAAUAAACUUUGCUCUCACUUCUUA